AAGCAAUAAAGUCGAGGAAACGGUGCAAACACUUUGAAACAAAUCAUUUGCUGUUAAGAUAGAGAAGUGAUAUUUAGAUAUCUUGAGUAAAAAUUUUUUGAAAAUUUUAAUCGACUCAUCAAAAUCGGAUAUUAAAAUGCAAAUUAUUAUACAAUUUUGUUUGGUUGUUCUAUUGGGAACAGUAGUCAAUUCGUGGCCCAGUGGUGCCCCAGAGUCGGUAUGCAAUACAUUGACUCCAAAACACGGCGAAAGUCAGGCGCGAGGGGCCGAGUCUUCGCCCUAUAAUUUGGUUCAAUCACAUCAAGACUAUGUCGCCAGAGAUCGUAUCAAAGUAACACUGUCAGCACCACAGGGACAGUCAUUCAGAGGACUUAUAGUUCAAGCUUAUGAUCCGCACACAGGAGCCGCAAUCGGUAAGUUUGAGGCCGGAAAAGGAUUGAAAGCUAUUGACUCGUGCGCUGCCGUCACUCAUACAGACAGAAGAGGUAAACGGUCGGCAACAUUGGUUUGGACGGCACCUGAAUCUGGUAGAGGCGGUAACGUUGCUUUUAGAGGAACUGCUGUUCAAAGUUUCAGUGAUUUCUAUACUAACCUACACUCUAGUGUUAACCCAAAUAUAUAA